CCCCAUUGGCGGACAGCUGUCCUGGUUACUUACCAACACCACUGACUGGCCACAUGAGAAAAAAUGAAAAGUCGUUCAUUUCAAUGUUAAUGCCGAACAAAGUAUAGUUUCACAAGACCAGUAACCUUGGUCUCUCCUCGCUGCUCCCUCCGCAGCGGUAUUCAAACCCAACACCGAUUUCAAUGAAAUCUUCGCAGCAUCACUGGCCUCCUGCACAAUAUGGGAUACGGUUAGUAUCAUAGGAACAGCACUGUCUGCGGCCGCACGAUGGAUAACGAGGAGAGUAAGAAGUGUCGAGGAGAGAAGAUCUCUGCUGUGGACACCACCCUGGAUGAAUAUUUAAUCGCCCUCCAGCAUAAAAACAGGAUCCUGAAGCGCCUUCAAGUCAAGGACUCCAGGGAGAUCGAGUUGGAACAGCUCGAGCAAGGAUUUUCCAUUUAUCUUAACGGAGCCAACGCUGAAGCCAGUAGGAAGCAGCCAAAGAGCAACAAGCAAAAGUGUGUGACCUCCGCGUCGGCCUGGAGACCCGCAAGCACAGCAGAUGUCCGCCAGUUAACUGGAGACGGCCGCGAUCCGGAGCAGACCCACGGGAAGCGGAGCCACACUGCCCCCGGAAAGGCCCGGAGGAAAGAAUGGGUGCAGGACUCUGUCAGAAUUUGCACCGAGGAAGGACCAAGGUUGCACAUCUGUCCAGAAAAGCGCUACUCUGAGGAUUUUGAGCCAUACGAGAGCGUAGACAUGGAGACCUCCGGUCCGCGCUCGCCUCGCGGUUCCUGCAGAGCUUCGCACUCCUUCGGCUCCAGGCACGAGAGCCAAGGGGGCCAAGCAAAUCCGGAGCACAACGAGAAGGUGCUCCUCAACCUGGAAGAAGUGAAGGUUCUGCGUCGGAGCCUGGAGGUCAGCAUGCGUCGCAGCAACCGCGGCUCGGCCGGCGAGGAGUCGGACGAGGAGUGGGUGGAGGAGCAGAUCGAGAGGGAGGAGAGCGCCGAGAGCCUGGACGAACUGGGGCUGCCUCUCCCGGCCUCCAAGUCCUCCUCCAACCCUCCGCCCGGCGCCGCCCGCAGCCAUUUUGACUCCUCAAACCUCAUCGUGCUGGACUUUGGACCCUCGACUAAAGGUCGUAAGAUUGAACGCUCUCUGUCUGCAAAGAGGAAGGAACACUCUGACACCUUCGUACCCAGCAAGCCGAUGUUGGUGAAGAGCAAAACGUUGGAUCGGCCACCUUCCAAAGAAAGCUGGGAAGGUCCGAGGCCACGGAGUCGGGCGGAGAGGCCCCUGUCGGCCGCCCGGAAGGCCCCUGCUGAGGAGCGCGACCCGGAGGAGACGGCGUGCAGCGUGCGCCAAGCCGUCCAGAGGGAGAACGAGUCCGUGCAGACCGCUGAGCUCUGCAACCGCAACACGGCCAGAGGACACCAGAUGAUGAAUGGCUUACUGCACCACAACAAUGAGAGCAGAGUCACUGCGGCCAUGCAGAGGAUUACGCUUAUGGGCCCCGGGCAACAACAGAAGCUGCUGAAGGCCUUGGAGGAGCUCGAAGCAGCGCCGAGCUACAGCAUCUCCCGGGGCGUCCGAGCCGACCGCAGCGAGCAGCCGACCAGGCUGUCGUCGGCCGAGGUCACCCCCGCGCUGUAUGUUACCAUGGAGAUCCUGUCCAACUGGGGGAACGCGCUGCAGGUCGGGCUCACUGAGUUGCAGUUCUUUUGCCUCGGAAACAAGAAGCUGUUCGUGUCCCCUCACGACCUCGACAUCAGGAACGCCGACUGCCCCGGGAACCUGGGGGCCCUCGUCAACGGAAGGGUGAAGACCACCAAAGAGCGCCACAUGUGGACGUGUCCGUUCCACCCGCCCGUCCAGCUCUACUUCAUCAUCAGGAACACCGAGCGCGCCCCAGACUUCGGGAUAUCUCGCAUAAGAAUCUGGAACUACAACAGAAGCCUCGAUGAUCUAGACAUUGGUGCACGGCGUGUAAAGCUCUACCUUAACAGCACCGCGGUGUUUGAAGGGCAGCUGGAGAAGGGCUGCGGCAACCAGGUCUUUGACUACAGCACCACAAUCGACCUGCAGGGUUUCCAUUGGUUCUCCAGCCCCGUGUCUUCGGGACACAAUCUAGGGGGGACGAGCCCCCAGCACCACGAGGACCCGGCUGUGGAGGGUGGCGGCACCCAGCACCACCACAGUUGGAGUCGUCAGCCGUCAGACGCAGGCCGGGCCAUGAUGGACAUGCAGGAGAAACCACACCCACUGCUCCCCCCCAUCACUCCUUCCCCAGCGGGGGUUUCCUCCUCCUCCACCCAGAGAAACUCCUUCGACCUGUCCGUCUUAGAGGAGCCCCUCCGUCUCCGGCAGCAGGCGGAGCAGCCCGCACCCAUGGAGCAGACGGUCACCACCCAGCCGUCGUCCUCCCGCGUGGCCCCCCAGUGGCUGCAGCCGCUGACCCGAGGGGCUCCAGAGGGAUGCGAGGCCAGCAGGGAGAGGCCCCGAUGGCUGGUGCCUCAGCACUCUGCGGAGCCCAGGUCCUCCUCCUCCUCUUCAUCAUCGUCGUCGUCGAUGCUGCCGGAGCUGCCGUGCAACCCGGGCCGAGUGUGCAGGGUGAUCGAAAGGACGGCGAACGGGGGUCAGUGGAAGGCGGACUCUUUGGACCUGAGCGGCGAGCUGCUGGAGCUCGGCGAGCAGAAGCCAGAGCGGCCCGUCAGCGGACGGAGGAGCUCGUUCCGAAGCUGUGGCGCGGAGGAGCAGCAGCACGGCGCUUCUGUUGUUUCAAACACCGGUAGGAAGCCGUUAAACUCAACGUCAUCGUCUCCUAAAAGGAUUUUACUAUUGAACUUUAUUAGUAACCGGAAGACUUUACGCCCCGAUUCUUCACCCAAACAGCUUUUAGCUAAAGAGGAGCCGAUGUCCCUGGUGAACCCGAGCAGGAGGCAGUGCCCCCCCCUGGGCCGGCUGCACAGCCAACAGGACGACACCCUCAUGGAGUCCUGGGACUCUCUCACUAAAUUCAACCAAUUCCAGCGCGGACGCAUCUCCAACAUGGGCUUCGAAGGAGACAUCUUUGACGAGUUCCUCCAGCGGCAGGGCCGCGCUCCGCCGUCAGCCCCGGGCAGCGCCUCCACGGCCCCCGGGGGCCCGCACGGCCCCGUCCCCGCUCGGGCGCCGUCGUACGGAGGCCCCGACGACGAUCCGUCCGCGGAGCGCGAGGACGAGUUUGAGAUCCCGGUGCUGCCGCGCGGCCAAAGGCUGGUCCUCAACAUCCUGUCCACCUGGGGCGAUCGCCACUACGUGGGCCUCAACAGCCUGGAGGUGUUCAGCGCCAGCGGCGAGCCGCUGAGGCCCGCCCACAUCCGCGCCGACCCCCCGGACAUCAACAUUCUCCCCGCCUACGACAAAGACCCGCGCGUGGUCACCAACCUGAUUGACGGCGUAAACCGCACCCAGGACGACAUGCAUCUGUGGCUGGCGCCGUUCACCCCCGGGCGGAGCCACGCCGUCUUCCUGGACUUCGGAGCGCCGUUCCAGGUGGCCAUGAUCCGCGUGUGGAACUACAACAAGUCACGCAUUCACUCCUUCCGGGGGGUGAGGGAGGUGGAGAUGCUGCUGGACGGCCGGUGCAUCUUCAGGGGCGAGAUCGCCAAGGCCUCUGGGACCCUGUCCGGAGAGUUGGACCAGUUCGGCGACACCAUCCUGUUCACCACCGACGAUGAGAUUCUGGAGGCCAUGUCUCGCUACGACGAAACCUUCCUCGGCGAAGGGGAGGGUCCCGAGGGCCGGGCGGCGGAGGAGGAGCUGCAGAGGCCGCGCACCGCUGACGGAGAGGGGGAGGAGAGACCCUUCACACAGGCCGGCUUCCGAGACGAAGACCUCAAAUUAAAACUCCACCUCCACCCCGCUGCGAGUCCUCAGGAGGAGAACGUGGAGCUCAUUCCUGGGACCUUCACCGGAGAGCGCCUCAGACUGCAGCUGCUGUUCACUUGGGGCGACUCCCACUACAUGGGCCUGACGGGGUUGGAGGUGGUGGGGAAGGAUGGAGAGAGUUUGCCUUUAGACCUCAGCAUGAUGGCGGCCUCCCCGCGGGACCUCAACGACCUGCCGGACUACGAGGACGACGUGCGCACGCUCGAUAAGCUCAUAAAUGGCCACAAUAUCACCACCGAUGACCAGAACAUGUGGCUGAUCCCGUUCUCCUACGGAGAGCCACACACCUUGAGCGUGACGUUCCCCGAGGCCCAGACGGUGGCUGGUCUCCGUAUCUGGAACUACAACAAGUCCCCCGAGGACUCGUACAGAGGGGUGAAGGUGAUCCAUGUCUUCAUGGACGAUGCUGCCAUCUCCCCAGCGGAGGGAUUCUUGAUCAGGAAAGGACCGGGCAACUGUCACUUUGACUUCGCUCAGGAGAUCCUCUUCAUCGACUUCCUCCAGACGGCCAGCGACAACAGGAGUGCAGAGAACUUCCACAGAGGACGCGCUACGAAACCAGAAGAGGCCAGCAUGGACUAUGAAGCUCCCAUCAUGCCUUGCGGCUUCAUCUUUCAGCUGCAGCUGUUAACAACCUGGGGAGACCCGUACUACAUCGGCCUCAACGGCCUGGAGUUCUACGACCAAAACCACGAGCAGAUCGGCCUCAGCGACAACAACAUCGCUGCUUUUCCGGACAGCGUGAACGUGCUGGACAACGUGAGCGGCGACGUGAGGACUCCGGAUAAGUUGAUAGACGGAGUGAACUGCACCUACGAUGGGCGCUGCAUGUGGUUGUCCCCGGUGCUCCCCGGGCUGGUGAACCGCGUGUACGUCAUCUUCGACCAGCCGGUGACGGUGUCCAUGAUCAAGCUGUGGAACUACUCCAAGACGCCACAAAGGGGGGUGAAGGAGUUCGGGCUGCUGGUGGACGACCUCCUGGUGUACAACGGCGUGCUGGACUGCGUGAGCCACGUGGCGCGCGGCAUCCUGCCCACCUGUGAUGCAACGGUGCCGUACCACACCGUCCUGUUCACAGACAACGCCUACGUCGCCCACCGGGAGAGGAACACCGUCAUCAGCCCCCGUGGCAGCCGACACUACCACCACCACAACUAUGUGGAGGACCAGGAUGUGAAGAUGACCAACGAGAAUCAGAUCGUCCAUCACAACCAGAAGAAGACGCAGCAGCAGGCAGCCGAUCCAGCUCUUCGGCCGAAAACCUGCAUGACCGAGGGGGGGAAACACGGAAAGAGGAGGUACUGACAGAGUCGGGUACUAAGACACAAGUGUUGGAGCCGCUCGCUCGCACACACGCACACACACACACACACACACACACACACACACAGGACUCCACUUUAUGGCUGGGCCGCUCCCCUCCCACCCGGGCCCGUUCUCCUGGACGUGUACCAGUGGUCCCUCCCACAGUGCCCUGAUAACCCUGCGAGGCUGCAUUUUAUCAGUCUUUUCUUGUGCCUCGUACGUAACACUAUAUAUGUGGCUGCUAAUGUGACUUCUGUGCUGCAUAUUUAAAUGCUGCUUGUGGCGUGAAAAUACUCAUGGGGGGGAAAAGAAAAAAAAAAAAACAAACGAAAAAGGUUCCCAGGCUACACGGAUACGUUCUCACAUCAGGUUAAUCAGACAAGCGGCUCUUUGCCCACUGGGAACCAGUCCCUCCAGUACACCAAUCGUAAUGCUAUGCAGACACUAUUUAUAUCGGGUGGUGAUUUAUAUCUGUGGGCUGAUGUAUUUACAAGCAACGGUUUCACUUGGCAAAGUGCUUUUCGCCCUUUUCAAAGGUUUAUAUAUCGAGGGGGCGUAAGUGGUCAAAGUUGAAAAAAAAAGUCUGAUUUUUUUUUUUUUUUUGUACACUCAAACCUGAAGCAGCACGAAGCUUCACACUCUUGAAUCUUGAAAUAUACAUUUGGCUUCACAAAUUGGGUCAGUCUAUUCUUUUCUGCUUAUCAUCAGGUAGAAGAAAAAAAAAAAGGUGGCAAUCCAAGUGACCUUUUAUCAAAGUUGCUAUAAAGGUUUUAUUAAACAUUUCAUGAGCCAGUAAAGCUGUUUGAGAGAUUUGGUUAGAAAUAGAAAGAAAAUAUCUACAUUUGCCAAAUUAGAUUUUGAGUAUAUUCAUUAACAGGCAACUUCUAAUAUGCAAACACUAUAAUCUUACCUCAAAAUGAGAAGUUUGAUCUUUAAAAGGGAUUCAUCUGAUUCUACGUCACUAUAUUACUUGGUAGUCGAUGUCGUAUUAUUCACUCAUUCAAUAUUUACUAACUUGUUGCAUGGGAAGCUUAGCUGUUCAUCUUAAAUUGUUCGAUAUGUUGAGUUCUUACUGCUUCAUUGAGCCCCGAUAUGUUUCACACCAAUUACUCCAAUUAUGAGUGAUUGUAAAUGAAAUGCAGUUUCCUGUAUUUAAUUUCAGCGUGUCCCAGUGGUCAUUAUACUUUUAUUAUUAUUAUUAUUAUUAUUACUACUCAGUCCUGCCCUGUAGGGCGGUGGCUCUAUUUUAUGUGUGACACCUAUUUUGAAAUAUUUAUUUUUCUAAUCGUUAUUGAAUAUGUAUAUUUGAUGUAGCCUUAUUUGAAAUGAAUAAAAAUACUAAAGAAACACUC